GCACUUCCGGCUAUCUCCUUGGGACGCACGCAUUGUGGAGUCGGGAGGAGGCAGUAGCUGCUAGGGUCUCCGGUGACCCGGACCGCGGUGGCGGCCCCGCGAGCGGGAUGUUCCGGGGUUUGAGCAGUUGGUUUGGCUUGGAGCAGCCGGCGGCGGGUGGCCGGCAGUCCGAGGGAGACGGGCAGCCCGAGGGAGACGCUCCACCCGAGCAGCGCUCCGAGACGGUGACGGAGCCGGCGCCGCAGCAACCGGGGGACCAGGAGCUUCUUCACCAGGCCAAAGGCCUUGGCAACUAUCUAUUUAACUUUGCAACUGCUGCUACAAAAAAGAUAACUGAAUCAGUUGCUGAAACAGCACAGACGAUAAAGAAAUCAGUAGAAGAAGGAAAGAUAGAUGACAUCAUUGAUAAGACAAUUAUAGGAGAUUUUCAGAAGGAACAGAAAAAAUUUGUUGAGGAGCAGCAUACAAAAAAAUCAGAAGCAGCAGUGCCCCCAUGGGUUGAUAGUAAUGAUGAAGAAACAAUUAAACAACAAAUCUUGGCCUUAUCAGCUGACAAGAGAAAUUUCCUUCGUGACCCUCCAGCUGGUGUGCAGUUUAAUUUUGACUUCGAUCAGAUGUACCCCAUUGCCCUGGUCAUGCUCCAAGAGGACGAGCUGCUGAGCGGGAUGCGAUUCGCCCUUGUUCCUAAACUCGUGAAGGAAGAAGUGUUCUGGCGGAACUACUUUUACCGUGUCUCCCUGAUUAAGCAGUCGGCCCAGCUCACGGCCCUGGCGGCCCAGCAGCAGGCCGCCGGAAAGGAGGAGAAGAGCCACGGCAGAGAGGAGGAGUUGCCACUGACAGAGGCAGUACGGCCCAAAACGCCACCUGUCGUAAUCAAAUCUCAGCUUAAAACUCAAGAGGAUGAAGAGGAGAUUUCUACCAGCCCAGGUGUUUCUGAGUUUGUCAGUGAUGCCUUUGAUGCCUGUAACUUAGAUCAGGAGGAUUUGAGAAAGGAAAUGGAGCAACUGGUGCUUAACAAAAAGGAGGAGGAGACAGCCGUACUAGAAGAGGAUUCUGCAGAUUGGGAAAAAGAACUACAACAGGAACUUCAAGAAUACGAAGUGGUGACAGAAUCAGAGAAACGAGAUGAAAACUGGGAUAAGGAAAUAGAGAAAAUGCUGCAGGAGGAAAAUUAGCUGUUUCCUGAAAUAAAAGAAUAAUCCUUAACCUUGUGUAACUGACGUGAAAUUCUAGAUGGCGACACUUGCUGAAUCAGAAGGCACAAAAGAGUAUAACUUUAUGAAAUUCAAAAUUAUUCUUUUUUCAAGCUGAAACUUGCCUCUUCUACUUAAAAAAAAGUAUAUAGAACAGUUAGUCUAAUAAUCAAAAAGGGAUGUUUUAUGUAAUAUUUCUUUAAUGUAAAUCUAGUUGGAGAUGUUCUUCUAGUUAGUAUGGAUGUCUUUGCAACAGAAACACAAGUAAACUUUUUGAGUUCUGUUUUCCAUGAGGUCAAAAAUGUGAUUUAUUCUUCAAUUGUGGUUUUCUAAGCAUUUGUACUUCUUGUUGCAUUUUCGUUGAUACAUGUAUGUUAAAGUACUUACUCAAUGGGUUGAUAACUAUCAAAAUGACCAAAUUAUACCAAAGAACUUAAGAGGAAGCACUUUCAGGACUAUUUUCUUGCUAGGUUAUUUUCUAAAAUUCCAUCUGGAAGCCAAAAGAUAAAAUAAUUAUGUUGAUUGUAAUGGUAUAAACAUCACACAAUUUGACAUUGAGAAAUACUGUACAAAAAUGUUUUUCUCCAGGGCCUUUUGUUUCUUUCUUGUUUGUUAUUUUUUUAAACUAUACCACAUUCAAUAAUAUUUUCCUAAAUCGCACAUCAGAGUUUUUGUAGAAAGCAGGGCCUUUCAUCCUUUUUGUAUUGAUAACCUUCAGAAGCCUGUUCACCUUAAAGUCUCUUAUUCUUGUUUAAAUCAUCACCACAUAUAAAUGUUUUAGCUUUGUUUGUCUUAAUUAAACUGUCUUUAUAAAA